ACCUAAUGCUACCAUUCAUUCAAAUUGCAUGUCGCAUCGUAUCAUACCCAAGUGCGACAGCUUAUUUAUAUACCUUACCAACCUUACCCAAGCUGCAAACCAACACAUUGCAUCCCUCCAUCCAUCACGAGACCCAAGGUUUCUUCCGUCAUCUCUUUUUUUAAACUUGAGUUUCUUCAUCCCUUGAAUUACUUACUCCAUCACCAAGGCUGACUCUUGCUUCUCCUGCAUAUCUGUGUCGAAAUUCGUAAUAAACUCCAGUUAAAGAGUGUUGCGGCCUCUAUUCUAUUCUGUUCUAUACAUACCUUGGCUUUUGUCGUCGCUCGCUCACUCAGCUCCUAUCUCGUCUGACUCUUUUACUCCGCAUCUCGUGAGCGUCUACCUACUUUACUUGCUCAUGAAGUUAUACCAACAUUAUGAGUUUUGGACCCCAUGGUUGAUGAAUUAAUUCUCGAAACAUAUCACGUCCUCUGGCAUAUUGCGCCUCCCUCUGGCUCCCCAUCCUUCCACUUCGUCUCUCCCCUUACAUAGUUUUCUCUUUUGCAUUGUCAACUUCCAUUUUAUUGUUUGCGAACCUCUUCUCUAUUGAAGCGAGCGGGGGCUUGAAACGAGGCAGCUUCGAACUGCGAUAGUGCGAUCACUGAACAAUUGAUCAAUCAAUCGCUAUUUAUUUCUCCAUUUUCCGAUGGAGUCUUGAACAGAGCACAAAGAAGGGAUAGAAAGAGCAGGUCAUUCAUUCUCUCUCUCUCUUCCCGCCUUUCAACCUUCUCUUUUCUUCUAUUCUCUCUGCAUCGUCACGUCUUCUAUCUAUUCUCCAAAUCCAUCCAUCUGCACCCGAGGUCGAAUUAUUAAUCAACCUCAACAUUACGAUACGGCCUCGAUCAUUCACCUAUAGCGAAACGAGAUACGAGCGGUUACUUACGCACAUCUUCCACUGUGCUGGGUUAUCACCGAAAUACUUACAGAAUCAUCAUCUUUGUCGCAGGUAAGAAUAUCAAGGUUCUCCUAUCUCAUCCCGCGUUCUUGAACAAAGGAACAAAUAAACGACAAGUCAAAACUCUCUUCACGCCGCAAAGUCGCGGGCUGGCUUCUCGUAUACCUUGCUUCUCAUCCCUCCGUGCCAGAGAAGAAUGCCACUUACAGCCAUGGACAUAAGCUUUCGUGUUUAGCCGUGGCGUCAUUAUCACCACAGACGCCGCCCUUGUCUCUCACUCACGGCGAACCUUGAUUCUCACUUGCUUUGCGUGCGGAAAGUGGAAGAGGUCAUCGUCUCGGUGUGAAAGUGAAACUCAAGGGUUGGUGUGAAAGUACGACGCCAACAUCUUGGUUACUAUCCAUACUCACGCGACAGUCGUUGCAAGGGCUGAAUCACUGUCGCAAUUAACUCCUUCUGUUCCCCACUAUCACCACAUCUUACAUUCAUUACAUAUGCUUUUGCCUACCAGAGAAUUUAAUUGUGAAGGGCGGCUGCUCAAGCAGUGUCAGCUGGCGGCAACACAUCAUCCACAAGCCAUCGGGAUGGAAGUGAUACAGAUCGAUCCACCUCCAGAUCAUAAACCAAACUCGGAGCUCUUCGAUACUAUGAAUUAUUGUCUUUUUCUCAUUUCUAACCGUUGUCAUCAAGUCUAGGCCUCAACUUUUGAGCAUAAACAAGAAGUCAGAGAACUUGACCAUCACGAGGAUGGAGGAUCCCGAAAGUGAGACAGAAGAAUCAUCUCCGCCUCUACAAGACACUUGCAUACAAGAAGUAACUGCUCUAUUUCCUGACAUCUGCCUUGAGUAUGUCAAGACGAUUGCUGGGCCCCUCUCAUUCGUCCCCCAUGAUGUGAUCAAUCAUCUCCUCGACCUCCAAGAGUCUGGUCAAGUAUAUCAAAAGGCACAGCGACCAAAACAGGCCAUCGGCAAGAGGAAGCGCACUUCCGAGGGACAAGAUGACGAAGACGAAGACGAAGCCGAGAAACUACAGAACAGACUCUCCGAAGCAAAGCGCAAAUACAGUAAUCUGGAACCACAAGCCAUUGCUCCCAAGAGUUCCCAAAUGUCCACUAUCAAGCAAAUGAUCGCAGGGGAAUUCCCACUGGUGCCAGUCAAGGUCAUUCAACAAACCCUCUCUGAAAACGGAAAUCGUCUUUUCCCUACAUUCAAUAUCAUCAGUACUGCCAUGAAUGAGGCAAGCGAUCAUCGCCCGUUGCCUUGGAAAUUGAAGAAGACGCCCUCAGUGCCUGUACCGCGAUACAAAAAAGAGAGCAUCGAGGCGUCCAUACAAGCCUGUCCUAACGACUGGGAGAAGGAAUUGAUGAAGGAACUCGAGGCUGCUCGAUUACUGCAGUCUGACGUAGCUGAAAAGCGUCGAGCAGAAGCAUUGGCCGAGGAGGCCGAAAGGAUGAACUUUGAGGAGGCCGAUGCAAGAGGAGAAGUAACUGAGUGCGGUUGCUGCUUUGCCGAUACUCCAUGGAACAGACUUGUCUAUUGUAAAAGCGAGGAUCCCCACGCUUUCUGUAUCAACUGCGCCCGCCGACACGCAGAGACACAAAUUGGCCUUUCAAAGUACGAACUUGAAUGCAUGUCCAUGAAUGGGUGUACGGCUGGGUUUUCUCAUAGCGAGCGCCAGAAGUUCUUGAAUAAGAAACUGGCUGCGGCAAUCGAUCGAAUUGAACAAGAGGCCAAUCUGCGCAUGGCCAAACUGCCCAACCUCGCCAACUGCCCCUUUUGCCAUUAUGCAGAAGAGUACCCGCCAGUCGACGUCGACAGGGAAUUCCGGUGCCGAAACGACGAGUGCCAAAUCACGAGUUGCCGGCUUUGUAAAUACGAAACACACAUACCGAAUACCUGUCAGGAGGCGGCCAUCGAGCGAGGUGUCGACCUGCGACGGGAGGUAGAAGAGGCUAUGUCGAAAGCACUCAUCCGUAAAUGCAACAAGUGCAGCACCCCCUUUAUCAAAGAAGAAGGCUGUAACAAGAUGACUUGCACCCGCAAAGGUUGUGGUAACGUUCAGUGCUACGUCUGUUCCAAGUCUUGUGACUACAAUCAUUUCAACGACGAGAGUCGAGGUGGCAAGCAAGGCAACUGCCCCCUGUUCGAGAGUUCUGAAGAGCGCCACGAAAACGAAGUCAAUGCUGCUGAAAAGGCAGCUAAGCAGAAGCUCUUGGAGGAGAAUCCAGAGCUUGCAGCAGCGCCCGAACUCCUGAAUUUCCACAUGUCUGAAAGGGUUAAGGCCGACGAUAUGAGGCGGAGAAGUAGGCUCGGACACAGAAAUAGGGAUAGAGUCAAUUUUGUGCCUGUUCCGCCGAUGCCGCCAGUUGUAGGGCAAAGACCAUUUCUCGAUCUUCCGCAGCUGGAGCUGCAACCUCAAGCUCGACCUCAAGCUCAACCUCAACCACGACCUCAAGCUCAACCACAAGCUCAACCACAACCGCAGCCGCACCAUCACCAUCACCAUCGCCAUCAGAUGCGACCAGAACUGCAGGCACUGGCACACGGCGCAAACCAUCUUCGUCAAGAGAAUCAUCUGCUGAGGGAAGCCCGUGGGCAGGCACAUAGAGGAAUCCGAUAUCACCUUAAGAAUGCAUUUGAUCGCCUUGGUAAUAGGUUAGCACCACCUGCGCCAGUACCGCAAGCACACCAAAUGGCAGGAAUACCGAUCCAAGCACAACAACCCCAACCCCAACCCCAGGUCGGACUGUUCCCAGUGGCACCAGGAGACCCGGGUCAAGCGAUCCCAGGGCUACCGUUGAACCUCCAAGGCGCGGUAAAUUUUAAUCAUUUUUAUCCGUUUAGGAUGGAUCAUCUUGACCAAAUGGGUAACUGGCGUGGCCCAGGGUAGCGAGCGACCUUAAUGAGCGAAAGGCUUUGGUUGAGAGGACAGGUCACAGACAGGUGCCUACGUAGAAACUCGACGACACGUACUCUGUACUCUCUGGCAAGUGGUGCAAGAAGCGUAAAGGCCAGGGAAAUGGGAGAAGAGAAAGGUUAUGGAUCCAGGAGGGCGUUACAUGUAUUUUGUGGGAUAGUCUCGUUUACUUCAUGAACUGCGAGACUGGGGUCUUCGUCAUGUUAUUAGACAGCGUUAAUUUCUUUCAACAAGCAAUCAGAGUGUAUCAUAAUAUUCAUAUAUAGCCAGUGCACUACCUGUUUCUCCCGAAUCGCUCAUGCCACUUCCCUUUGCCGCCACCAAGUCCUUUCGCAGUACCAGAAGACACAUCAGGAACAGUAUCUAGCUCUACAG